AUCUUUUGUAAAUUAAAUGCAGUGCUAAUGUUAUAUAAAUAAGAUAUUAAAUCAAAUUGAAUUGAAAAUAAAAAGCUGCCGCAGCAUAAGCCAAAAAAGUGACGGAAAAAUAUCAGCAAGCAAAUAAAGUGAAUAAAGCAGUGAGAAGAAAAGAGGCAAAAGCAGUUGGACCGAAAGGCCAAAGAAGACAUUGGAAUUUUGACACCAAACAUAAACGCGCCCCAAACAGUGCCGCUGGAAAAUCAAUUUUUUUUCGCUGGCAAAGAGGCAACGCAGCAGCUAACAUCGCCGCCGCAGUUUGUUGCCGCUGCCCAACCCAAAAGCUACAAAGCACUAACGUAGCAGCCAACUGCUCUGUUCGCUGCCUUCGUUUCCGUAUAAAAAAAUAAAUUGUGAAACACAAAAUCGAAUAAUCCGAAGGCAAAUUCACGAAUCAAUUAAAAAAGAUGGCGUAUCGUAAGCCAACCGACUUGGAUGGUUUCAUCCAAAUGAUGCCGAAAGCGGAUAUGCGCGUAAAAGCAUUUCUUGCAGAAGAUUUGGUGACAUUCCUCAGUGACGAGACAAAUUCUAUAAUAUGCAUGGAUAUGGGUUUACUAGUUGAUGGUUUAAUGCCAUGGUUAACCGGCAGCCAUUUCAAAAUAGCGCAAAAAUCACUGGAGGCAUUUUCAGAGUUGAUAAAGCGUCUUGGACCAGAUUUUAAUGCAUAUACAGCUACAGUGCUGCCACAUGUUAUUGAUAGGUUAGGCGAUAACAAAGAUACAGUACGGGAGAAGGCGCAAUUACUAUUACAAAAUAUGAUGGAACACAAAGUGUUAACACCUCAGAACACCAUCGAUAAAUUGGCCACAGUUUGUUUUAAGCACAAAAAUUCAAAAGUACGAGAAGAAUUUUUACAAACAAUAGUGAAUACAUUGAAUGAAUAUGGCACCUCACAAUUAGGCGUAAGAACAUAUAUACAACCGAUCUGUGGUCUACUGGGUGAUCCGUCACUAACAGUACGUGACGCUGCCAUACAAACGUUAGUGGAAAUUUAUAAACAUGUUGGUGAGCGUUUGAGACCUGAUUUAAGAAAAAUGGAAGAUGUGCCUGCUUCAAAAUUAGCUAUAUUAGAGCAAAAAUUUGAUCAAGUAAAAGGUGAAGGGCUUUUGUUAAAAUCAGCCAGUCUUAAUUCACAAAAUUCAAAUAAUGGGCAUGAUGAAGGUGAUAAUAUCAGUGUGAGGGAACGUCCUACAAGAAUAGUGAAGCGUAACUUGUCAUCAGCAAUGAGAAGUAAAGUAAACCUUGCUGAAGCGCCUGCAACGGGUGAUGCUGGUGCAGUAACGAUUGAAAUUUUUGAAGCAACAUUUGAACUUGUGCCACAGUUAACGAUAUUUCAUCCAAAGGAUAUGGAUGAUGUCUACAAAAAUAUACUUGUGAUUAUAAGUGAUAAAAAUUAUGAUUGGGAAAAACGUGUGGAUUCGUUAAAGAAAAUUCGCUCGCUUUUAAUGUUAAAUAUACACGGCCAACCGCAGUUUAGUGUUCAAUUAAAAGAACUUUCUUUAUCAUUCCUAGACAUUCUCAAAGAAGAAUUGCGCUCCCAAGUAAUACGUGAGACCUGCAUCACCAUUGCCUACUUGUCGAAGACACUCCGCAAUAAACUAGAUGUAUUUAGCGCAUAUAUAUUAGAUCAAUUAAUUAAUUUAAUACAAAACUCUGCUAAGGUGAUGGCCUCCUCGGCGACUAUUGCACUAAAAUACAUAAUCAAAUAUACACAUGCGCCAAAAUUAAUUAAAAUCCUUACAGAUACAUUACAAACUUCUAAAUCGAAAGAUAUACGUGCGGCAUUAUGUGAGAUAAUGUGCUUGCUGUUUGAGGAAUGGCAAACCAAGUCAAUGGAACGCUAUGCUACAGUUCUGCGGGAUACAUUAAAGAAGUGCAUUUCGGAUGCAGAUAAUGAUGCCAGAAGGCAUUCUCGUCGCGCGUACUGGGUAUUUAAACGACACUUUCCAGAUUUAGCAGAUCAAAUUUACGGCACAUUAGAUAUAGCUUCACAGCGUGCACUUGAGAGAGAACGUGAUUGCAGCUCACUUCCUGAUGACAGGCGAUCAACAACUGCUACAACACGCAUACAGCGUUCACCAGGAUCAAUACAAAAACCAGCUGCUGGCAUGCGUAGUGUGUCUGCAGUAGAUGCGGCAGCAGCACAGCGUGCCAAGGCACGUGCACAGUAUGCGCUAUUUGCAAGAAAAAAAGCGAAUAAUGUACCUACGAACAGCACCGUCACUGGAUCUUUACCCAGACCUAAGCUAAUGGCGACGAGUAAUUCAGCAAAUAUGCCCUUACAACAACAGAAACCUGAAGUACCCCCGCGUACACGUGGACGUGCAGGUGUUUCACAGUCACAACCAGGUUCACGUUCAACUUCACCUAGUUCGAAACUACGCGAGCAUCAUAACUACUAUCGUCCUAUUACUGGAACAAUCCCAAAGAAAGCGUCUGGUAUACCACGCUCCUUAGCUAAUUCUAGAGAAACGAGCCCUACGCGCGUAAAUAUGAAGCGUAGUAUGUACAGUACCGGUACGUCUCGUCGUACACCGGAUCGUAUCAAUUCCUCGCGCCCGUUAGCAGCUGCGCGUAUGUUACAACAGAGUCGCGAAGCUGAGAAUGCUUUAGCUGAUGCACUGUCGCCAGAUGGUACGGAUAGAGACUAUGGGGACUAUAGUCGUGGUUUCUCUGCAAGUGGACGAGUGGGACGUAGGUUGUUGUCACGCGAUGAAUCUGACGAUUCGGAAGCGUCGUCUGUUUGCUCAGAACGUUCAUUCGAUUCUUCAUUCACGCGUGGCAACAACUCAAAUUACUCACUAUCGGGUUCGCGCAAUCGGCUUGACUGGAGUUGUCCUCGUGCGCCCUAUGAAGAUAUAAACACAAUCAUUCAGUACUGUGCUUCGCAGCAUUGGUCCGAUCGUAGAGAUGGUUUGACGAGCUUACAGCAAUAUUUAUCCGAUGGAAAAGAAUUAACGUCACAACAAUUGCAAAAUAUACUUGAUAUGUUUCGAAAGAUGUUCAUGGACACACAUACAAAGGUGUAUUCAUUGUUCCUAGAUGUAGUUAACGAGUUAUUAUUGACUAAUGCUGAUGACUUACACGAUUGGUUGUUUAUAUUAUUGACACGACUAUUUAAUAAGCUGGGCACUGAUUUACUAAAUUCUAUGAACGGUAAAAUUUGGAAAACUUUACAAUUGGUACACGAAAGUUUUCCGACAGAUUUACAAAUGAAAGAUGUAUUUCGAAUACUAACAGAUGCAGCACAGACCCCGAGUGCAAAAACGAAAAUUGCAAUUUUAAAAUUCUUAACAAAUCUGGCGACUACCUAUUGUAAAAACACUGAUUUUCCCUCCGAAGAUGGUUCAUCACAAGUCGAAAAAGCAGUACUGAAGAUUGUGCAGUUGGCCGGUGAUCAGAAGAGCGUUGAGUUACGUGGACAAGCACGUCUCUGUCUUGUUGCAUUGUACAAUUGUAACACGCCGCAGAUGACAAAAGUACUUUCUGGGUUGCCAAAAGGAUAUCAAGAUUCGGCAAAGGGUAUCAUACAAUCACAUCUGCGUCGCAGUAGUACAUCGGGCACAAACUCGCCUUCUUCCUCGCCGCUCUCCAGCUCCAGUCCUAAGCCGCUGCAGAGCCCCUCGCUCGGCCCUUUCUCGUCACUACAACCACAGUUCAACACUAGUCCACGCUCACGUCAAGCCUCAGUCGAUCAUGAGCUUUAUUCAGAAGUCGAUGUGCAUCAAAAUAUACAUAAAACUUCGGAAGAAAUUCGUAAUUGUUUCGGACUCAUCGGAGUUACGGAAUCGUCAAUAACACGCCAAUAUCAUUCACUCUCAAACAACGCCAACGGCUACAAUGCGAAGCUUGUCGAAAGUAUAAGACCACCUACUUAUCUCAAGAAUUAG